AUGGCUCCCAUUACCGACGACACGGCCGAAGGCCUUCGCACUACAAUACACAAACUUGAAGCUCGCGUCCGACAGCUAGAGAGCAGGAUUGGUGGCGGAUCAGAUGAUGAGCAUCAAGUCGGCAACUCUCCACGAUCAAUACGAAUGAUAAUAAUGGGACCUCCUGGUGCUGGAAAGGGUACUCAGGCCCCCAAGAUUGAGGAGAAAUAUAAGUGUUGUCACCUGGCUACAGGUGAUAUGCUCAGGUCCCAGGUGGCGAAGAAAACUGCUUUGGGACGUGAAGCCAAAAAAAUUAUGGAUCAGGGCGGGCUGGUCAGUGAUGAGAUUAUGGUCAACAUGAUCCGGUCUGAGCUAGACGGGAAUGAGAAAUGCAGAAAAGGGUUCAUUCUUGACGGCUUCCCACGCACAGUCGCACAAGCCGAGCGGCUGGAUGAUAUGCUUCGGGGGAAAAGUCAGAAACUCGAGCACGCAGUGGAGCUCCAAAUCGAUGAUGGUCUGCUGGUCUCUAGAAUAACAGGGCGCUUGAUUCAUCCAGCCACUGGCCGCACCUACCACAAGACUUUCAACCCCCCAAAAUCUACAAUGAAGGAUGAUGUGACUGGCGAGCCAUUGAUCCAACGGUCUGACGACAACGCUGAAACCCUAGAAAAGCGUCUAGCCACGUAUCACGCCCAAACCUCGCCUGUUGUGGCAUACUAUCAGAAAACUGGAAUUUGGAGACCCAUUGAUGCAAGCCAGGAGCCUGGCCAGGUAUGGAAGAGCUUGUUGCAGGUUUUCGGCGAUGAAAAAAAGCCUCUCUCAAGUGGAGGUUUGCUAAGUCGAAUCGGUUUAAGAAGCUGA